AUGGAGAGAAUUAUUCAACAGACAGAUUACGAUGCUCUAUCCAGUAAAAUAUGUGCGCUUCAGUUUAAUUAUUUACCGCCAAAUAAAGGUACACUUUCUGAAUCCAUAGAUGAUACUCUACAAUGCCUAUAUAGUGAUAUUAAGUCGUUACACUUUGAAUAUUAUAAAACUUUAAAGGAAAAAAGUAGAAAUGUCUAUGGGAAGAUAAAUAAAUUAAUGAGAAAUCCUUUCCCUGUAAUGAAUUACGGAACAUAUUUAAGAACUCUGGCAAUUGAUGUUUCUCUAAUUAAAUAUAUUGAAAAUUUUCCUAAAGACCAACCUUUUCAAAUAGUCAAUUUAGGUAGUGGUUCAGAUUUAAGAUUUAUACAAUAUUUAAAGAUGUAUGGUGGAAGGAUUAAACGCUUUGUCGAUCUUGAUUUUAAGGAUGCAAUUAUUUUAAAACAAAGCAUUUUAAAGGAUUCAACAAAUUUGGAUCAAUCCAUACGAUCAUUUGAAGGUAAAUAUGUUAUAUUACAAGGGGAUUUAAAAGAUGUUGAAGGAACAUUACAACAAUUGAAACAAUACCUGGAUCCAAAGUUACCUACAGUGUUUAUCACUGAAUGUGUAUUAUGUUAUAUGACAGAGAAUGAUUCUAAACAAUUAAUAUCAACUAUAAUGGAUACAUUUGCUACAGGAUUUUGGAUUUCAUAUGACCCAAUUGGUGGAGCUGAUGUCAAUGAUAAGUUUGGUACAAUCAUGAAACGAAAUUUAAUGGAUUCAAGAAAUUUAGAAAUGCCAACUUUAUUAAUAUAUAAUUCAAAAUUAAAUUACCCACAACGGUGGGAAAAUGAGAAAUCACAAAUAGAUAUUAAGGAUAUGUGGAACUUCUUAUCCGAAGCAAUUUCAGAUACUGAAAAGAGAAGAUUACGAUCUUUGCAGUUCUUAGAUGAAAUUGAGGAAUUGAAAAUUAUGCAAUCACAUUAUGUAAUAUUAAAUACGGCAUGGGACUAA